AUGGCGCCUAAGGAUAUACCUUCACCCGAGGAAAAAACUAAUGUACUGUUCGGGGAAGAAGAAGUAGUUCAUAAUAUAAAUAUUGGAAAUAUGAUUUUGGACGCAUUUAAAUCUAAGCCGGAUUUUAUCGGUCAGAUAGAUGCAGCGACGGGAGAGGAAACUACAUUCAGGCAGAUGCAAGAGAACAGCGUGAAGUAUGACAUACGACUUAUGUAUUUUCUGGCGGAAUACGAACCGAAAAUAAUCUUUAUCGAUGGUAACAAUUACAAGACGCUCAUACGAGUUAUCAGAAGCUUAGUUAAUCAAGGAGGAAUAACUCCUCCAAAAAUUAUAACUUUCGAUAGGGUUGAAGGUGUUGAUUCUCUCGAAUCAAUUCUGAACGCCGACGUUGACGGAGCCAAAAUUGACAUGUUUUCCUGCGACGAAACGGAUCCUAUGACUAUUAUGGCAGAAAUGUUUUCUUCCAAUGCAAUAAGUUAUCCUGGUAAAGCGAACGUUCGUUACUUCGCGUUGGCGUUUCCGUCGAACCAGGAGGUACCCGCAAUGUCUCCCGGUGACGUUGGCCUAUGGUAUGGAUCUCUAGUUUGGACCCACAGUCUGAUAUUGACCGUUCGUAGCAUAAUUUCGUACGUGACAGUGAUAAAGUCCUCCAAUUUCACCGCUGAAGACAUGUACGAAACGAUAGAGAAGUGCAAGGUGAAAUGGGUGUUUCUUGAAAGCAAAAUGGGCCGUCAAUUAUUUCAAACCGAUGUUCGUAUGUAUGAUGUCUCUUCCUUGAAGCAAUUGAUUUUCGGUGAUUCCGCCAUCGAGCAGAGUACUUACGAAAACCUCAACGAGUACUUUACAAACGUGUCUAUCAUUCAAGUAUACAGCCCAAAUGUACUAGGCGAGAUUAAUAUACAAACGAAAAAACCUUUAGGCCCAAAUGCACUAGGCGAGAUUAAUAUACAAGCGAAAAAACCUUUAGGCCCAAAUGCACUAGGCGAGAUUUGGUAUAAAUAUACGUGCAAGUGGUGCGACGCUGAAACAUGCCAAUCGUUAUUUUGUUGUAAUAACCGAGUGAACAAGAAUAAGACUAAGAAUAAGAAUAAAACGAAGCAGUUCAAUAGUGCUGCUAGUAGUGCUAGUCAGUAUAAUGAUUUCUCUUAA